AUGGUACUGACAGAAGUAAACGAGGCCAUGGAUCCCCUCGAGGAGAGCCUCGAGAAAUUUGCCGAGGCCUGCUUGCGGGUAAUCUCGCGGUACAUGCACGGCUGCGAUGCUCGAAGCGUGUCUCAACUCAAGGAGCAGAUUGAGGCGACCCUGAGUUUAUUGCAAUUCUCGUCCCAGUAUCUCAGGGAGCUCGCUGCUAAGGUGGAUACUCUGCCUUCGCCCCGGGAGAAUCUGUCUUCCCCCGAGACUGAUACUUGGUCUCUGCCCGCGGCAGAUACUCAGCCUUUGCGCCGGGUGACUCUGCCUUCCAACCAGGAGAUACAAGACUCGAUGUUGCCUGACUCGCUGGAUCGUCGGCGUGGCGAGGAGAUCGAUGCCGCGGUGGACGCCGCGGCGGCAUCCGAGGAGGACCCUUGGUUCCGCGCGGAGGAGGCACGACAUCGUUACCCUCCACCAAGGGUCCACAAAAUGGGGUAUGACGUCUUCGACCGCCGCCGCACGCAGGGGGAAUUCUGGCCUCGCGGGUCUGUGCGGUGA